CUUGUCCAUCGACGCAAACGCGCAGAUGCGUUCCGCUCGUGCUCUUGUCAACUGCUGGUCACAGCGCAUUCUAAGCUCAACAUACUUCCAAAGAUGGCCUCCCCACUCAAGAGCUGCGUCAAUCCGACUGAACACCCGUUCGACACCCGCAGGAACUUUGGGGAGUACAUGGUUCAACAUCUCAGGCGCCACGCUAGCUCAAAACUGAUCGACGGUACAAGCCACGAAGCAUUCACCUAUGGCGAAGUAGCAGAGCAGGUGGAUGCCGUGCGGACUGCGCUCUGGCGACUGGGCCAUGAAGCGGGAGACAAGAUCCUGCUCCUCAGCUCAAACCGGACGCAAUUGCUGCCGAUGUUUCUGGGUGCAGCGUCCGCCAACGUGGCGUCCAUCAGUGAAAGCCCGGGCUUCAGUGUCGAUGUCCUGGCUGAUGCAAUGCAAACCCUGUCCCUGGCCUCCGUCUGCUGUGAGCCAGACCGUGUCCAAGAUGCCCUCGAACUGCAGCGAAGACUGGUUUCUAUAAAGCACAUCAUAGCACUGGACGAACCGGUGCAUAAAACGAACGGCGCAACGAACAGCGUAAUCACAUGGAACGAGCUGCUGAAGAAGGGCCGCGAAGAAGGAGGCCCAUUGCCACCACCUCCCGAGUAUCGAGAAAACCAGAUCUGUUACAUGACAUCUACAAGCGGCACGACUGGGAAACCGAAGCUGGUUGUGCAUUGUCACGACUCCCUCCUGUCCAUCGUCCAAUCUAAUAGCCACCCUGGACACAUGGGUCUAGGUCCAGAAGACGUGUCCCUCUCCACAACGUCAUUAGGCCACGUGUACGCGCUUUUCGACGGGGUCUGCAAGGCUAUCGCCCAGGGAGCGUCGGCCGCCUUCAUGGAGACCGCCGAUGACAGCGCUAUACUUGAGGCGAUCCACAAGCACAGGGUCACAGCCAUAAGUACAACGCCUUACACUGUGAGGUGCCUGUUGGACAACGACCGGCGCAACGGUUAUGACCUUCAUAGCCUCCAAUACGUCACAACAGCGACCACGAGCAUUCGAGAAGACGUUGUGAAGACACUGGUCAAAGAAUUUAAUCUCAAAUCUUUUAUACAGUUGUACGGUCAGUCGGAGAUACCUUUCAUCUCAGCGGGUCUUUACAACGGACCAAGCAAAUACAAGUCUAUCGGUUGUUUGGCAGUUCACGUCGAAGCAAUGGUGAGAGACACAAAAACGAAAAAGCCUCUGGGACCAUGGCAACGCGGAGAGCUCGUGUUGCGAAGUCCAAGCCUGAUGCGUGGGUACUGGGGGAGACUGCACGAGCCCAUCACCGAUGAAGAAGGCUGGUACAGCACAGGUGACCAUUGCUACUACGACAAUGACGGCUGGCUGUACCUAGUUGCGCGGCUGAGCGACUACUACUGCUGCCGUGGGAGCAAGUAUUGGCCGGCCGAAGUAGAGGCCGUGCUGUUCAAAUGUCCAGGGGUUCAUGACUGCGCCGUCGUAGGAAUACCACAUCCCGAAGCUGGAGAAGUGGCGCACGCUCUGAUUGUGCCCGAGCCGGAAGCAAGAACACUGAGCGCCGAUCACGUCAAACAAUUUGUGGAAGCCAAUGCACCGAAGGGUUGCCACUUGGAAGGCGGUGUCACAUUUGUCGACAAGAUUCCACGCAACAAUCUCGGAAAACUUGUCAGGCGUGAGCUCGUUCAGUGGAUUCUCGGGAAGCGAGAACAGUGAUGCGUCAACAGUUUGGAAGCUGCGGCUUAAAAUCUCACAGAUUUCCCAAAUGACCUGUGCAAAGCGCGUCGCACACCGAGCGUGUAUAGUUUUGUUGUCAAAGUGUAAUAAUGUUACUAGAGUGCACGUGAAUUGCAUGUUCGGGUAUUUCAUGUGAUUUCUUGCCCACAGCUCCUCACAAGCUGAAGCACCAACACGAGUGGUCGUAAGGCUCAUGGACAACUUGACAUUUUUAACGUAAGAAAUGACGAAGUAUUUAUUUAAACGUACAAGCAGUGCUUUUCUCGUUUUCCUUCUUUUUCAUUUUUUCGUGCAGCCCAGGAGUUUUUCAUAAUUAAAAGAAAAACACGCAGAUUUGCACGCGUUAUAAAGCGCAAUUCGGCGUUGUAGUGAGUGCAUCAGGUCUAAUAAAGAAAGCGGAGAAGGUCAUGAAGUGUGCACUGAGAGGCUGUGGCGGAGUAGUACGCGAUCACACAUACAUACAUACAAUGAGCAGCCCAUGAUUAUUGGCAUUUUACACAAAGUGGAGAGGCUUCGUUCACUAGUUCCGACAUAUCCGAACGAGAAAGUUGAUACAGGUUAGCCUUAUUUCAUUAUGACGAAUAGCAAUGAACAGGGAAGUGGCAGGACGAAACUCGUAGAUAAGCUCUGUUUGAAGCAAGGCAGUUCGAUGUGACCACGAUUUCAGUGCGUUCUAACAGAGAGCACAGUGUCUACGCCUUCACGUUCAAUUUUGCUUAGGAAAGUUAUAAUGCCAAUGUGAAUCGAACUUCGAAGCAGCCGCGGCGGCCUUUCGAUCACUUGUGCAAGGCACGCGUGAGCUUACUGAAAUAAAAAAAAAUUCUGUCGCAGGUACAGUGACACCUUCAGCAUGGUGUGUCUUCGAAGCUAAGCCGCAAUGAGCAUGCAGCAGACGAAAAGAAAAAGCAGCACGAUAGAACCACUUUGAAUUAACCAUGUACGCAAUUACACUCUACCACCGUACACUCCGCUGUGUUUUUCCAGCUGUACAACUUCCAACACUUGCUCUGAUGCGUUCUUCUAACGUAAUGUAGUUUUGUUCAUAAGCAGAUCGCCGAUCAUCACUUCGGCUGUUGAAAAAAAUUAACAAAAAGCAAACGUAAUUACAAGGCUUAGUAGGCUUGUGGACAGAAGGCCCUCACUUGUUAUAGAAUACAGACACUAGUUUACCUGAUGGCCUCCCGCUACCAUAUCCACUGCAUGCAACUCGUCACGCAGUCCAUGCUCUUUCUGCACUUUAUUAUAGCAAGGCAAAAUACGGUCGCACCAGGAAGAUUUUCCCGCAUCCGUGUGCUUCUAGUAACGGGUUCCCUUUUUUUUUUUUUUUUUUUUGGCAUCUAUGGAACGCAGUCAUGAGUGCAGUUCAUGGCAAACGUGUCGUUGUUCGGCGGACGUCCAGAGAGCGGGGUAGCUCGCAGCGCCUGCGCGCCACUGAGCUUGGAAACCAUGCCCGUGCGCAAAAGCAGACCAAACACAAGUACCAGGGACACCACAAUUAUCGCCACGGUGACCAUGAUGCCUGGCAAGAGAAACAAAGCCGUUAUGAACGACGCGGAUAACGCGAGAACACAACGUUAUACGAACGAAAAACAAAGUACGCUGAGAGUCCUCAGUCCGAAGCAAUGACCGGCAACCGUAACGUCAACUCGCAGUGAAGACGCUGCGCGUUGUUAUAUACACUUGGUUGAAAUACACAAAUGAUCCUUGUCGUACACCAAUGUACCUUAGCAUGAUCUAAUAACACAGAGGCACUCCGUUUCUCUCCUUGUCAUAAUAUAGGUACAAGACUUAACUAGUAACUUUAGGAGGUGUUUGCAACAAGGAACUGAUUUCGGGGGUUGUUUACUUAUUCUUUUUUUCGCCUUCUUGUAUUGUUCUUUAAUGUUUUCACAAGAAGUCAUAAAAAUUCCAUGAUAGCUGUGCACGGUAAACGAAGUCAUGGAAAUAAACAGACAAGAGAGCGCUUGUCCCAUCGGUUUCUUUCGUUGUCUUCAUUUUUCCUUGCGCUGCUACUGUGGAUAAGUGCCAACUUGCCCGAUUCGCCAUACUUGUGCAAUAAAACUUCGUCAACUGUUCUCGAAGUGUAACCCUCAUAGAGAUGCGAAUUGGCUACUUGCAGCACAUAGACCCAAUUCGACUGUCGGAAACCAUUUCGUAGGGCUAUUUAGUUAUGUAGUGUUUUAUGGCGAAGAAGCAACUGCGGCUAUGAUGCGCCAUGCAAAAAAUGAAAAUAUAUAAUUUGAUGAAAGUGCUUCAAGCAACAAAAAUGAUUACUUUAGAGUUUUGUUUAAGAAACCUGUUGCAUCUAGAAACUCAAAAAUAUUGUCUAGAGAUACAAGUGCGCUUUCAGAUAGUAUCAGGGAGGGAGGAAGUGGUGUAAGUGUUUUGUAAAGUUAAUAAAAUAUUUGUCUUUCUUCCUCCAACACCGGACAUGUUAAUAAAAAGGGAUUCAUAGUUAGAGAUUGUUGGCAUUUAUUACAAACCACUUGUUCUUCAUUUUUCAAUAAAAACGUAUAUGUGAGA